AUGAAUAGUGAGAAGGAAACUACACAGGGUAAACCUCCAGGGGAACACCAGAGUCUGAGCAACAAUCACCAGGGUAAACCUCCAGGGGAACACCAGAGUCUGAGCAACAAUCACCCGGGUAAACCUCCAGGGGAACACCAGCGUCUGAGCAACAAUCACCAGGGUAAACCUCCAGGGGAACACCAGCGUCUGAGCAACAAUCACCAGGGUAAACCUCCUGGGGUAAACCUCCAGGGGAACACCAGAGUCCGAGCAACAAUCACCCGGGUAAACCUCCAGGGUAAACCUCCAGGGGAACACCAGAGUCUGAGCAACAAUCACCCGGGUAAACCUCCAGGGGAACACCAGAGUCUGAGCAACAAUCACCCGGGUAAACCUCCAGGGGAACACCAGAGUCUGAGCAACAAUCACCCGGGUAAACCUCCAGGGGAACACCAGAGUCUGAGCAACAAUCACCCGGGUAAACCUCCAGGGGAACACCAGAGUCUGAGCAACAAUCACCCGGGUAAACCUCCAGGGGAACACCAGAGUCUUAGCAACAAUCACCCGGGUAAACCUCCAGGGGAACACCAGAGUCUGAGCAACAAUCACCCGGGUAAACCUCCAGGGGAACACCAGAGUCUGAGCAACAAUCACCCGGGUAAACCUCCAGGGGAACACCAGAGUCUGAGCAACAAUCACCCGGGUAAACCUCCAGGGGAACACCAGAGUCUUAGCAACAAUCACCCGGGUAAACCUCCAGGGGAACACCAGAGUCUGAGCAACAAUCACCCGGGUAAACCUCCAGGGGAACACCAGAGUCUGAGCAACAAUCACCCGGGUAAACCUCCAGGGGAACACCAGAGUCUGAGCAACAAUCACCCGGGUAAACCUCCAGGGGAACACCAGAGUCUGAGCAACAAUCACCCGGGUAAACCUCCAGGGGAACACCAGAGUCUGAGCAACAAUCACCCGGAGAAAAGUGAGAGUGGUACUGGGAAAAGUGAGAGUGGUACUGGGAAAAGUGAGAGGGGUACUGGGAAAAGUGAGAGUGGUACUAGGGAAAGUAAGAGUGGUACUGGGAAAAGUAAGAGUGGUACUGGGAAAAGUGAGAGUGGAACUGGGAAAAGUGAGAGUGGUACUAGGGAAUGUAAGAGUGGUACUGGGAAAAGUAGGAGUGGUACUGGGAAAAGUGAGAGUGGUACUGGGAAAAGUGAGAGUGGUACUAGGGAAAGUAGGAGUGGUACUGGGAAAAGUAAGAGUGGUACUGGGAAAAGUGAGAGUGGUACUGGGAAAAGUGAGAGUGGUACUAGGGAAAGUAAGAGUGGUACUGGGAAAAGUAAGAGUGGAACUGGGAAAAGUGAGAGUGGUACUAGGGAAAGUAAGAGUGGUACUGGGAAAAGUAGGAGUGGUACUGGGAAAAGUGAGAGUGGUACUGGGAAAAGUGAGAGUGGUACUAGGGAAAGUAAGAGUGGUACUGGGAAAAGUAAGAGUGGUACUGGGAAAAGUGAGAGUGGUACUAGGGAAAGUAAGAGUGGUACUGGCAAAAGUAGGAGUGGUACUGGGAAAAGUGAGAGUGGUACUGGGAAAAGUGAGAGUGGUACUGGGAAAAGUGAGAGUGGUACUAGGGAAAGUAAGAGUGGUACUGGGAAAAGUAGGAGUGGUACUGGGAAAAAGUGA